GGUAGCCAUUUUGAGGAUUUCGCAGACGUUGGAAGUUCUAUCCGUGAUGGUGUAAUAUUUGUGAGAAAGAAAAGUUAUUUCAGCAACAUUUUGACUGUUAUUAGGAUCAUGUUGUAAUAGAUUUAAUAUUUGAUGGAAAAGUUGAGUGUGGUGUGAAUGGUUACUGAAACCUUCGAGAAUAUGACAUCUACGGCAAAAAUGUCCAAGGAGGCGAAAGAGGUAGCCGAAGAAUAUGCGUCCUCCUUAUCGGAUCUCACCGUGAACAGCAAACCACUAAUCAACAUGCUUACGAUGCUCGCUGAUGAUAAUAUAAUGCAUGCACCAAUAAUCGUCCAGGCAGUGGAAAAACAUCUUCAAAAGGUGCGGGCGGAGAUGAAGCUGCCUGUGUUGUACCUCAUCGAUUCUAUCGUGAAGAAUGUUGGGGAUACAUACACAUCACUCUUCACUCAGAACAUCGUUUCAACAUUCUGCAGUGUUUUUGAGAAGGUGGACGAAAAAACUCGGGCUCAGAUGUUUAAGUUGCGUCAAACAUGGAAUGAGGUGUUUCCUCCAAAGAAGUUGUAUGCUGUGGAUGUACGUGUGAAUUCAAUUGAUCCAGCAUGGCCGAUCACAGCUGUACCUCCUACCAUACAUGUGAAUCCAAAGUUUUUUCGGCAACAAGCCGGUGCUGUUCCUGGUCCUCAACCGUCUUCUACUGCAGCUUCGGCUGCGCCAACUACACCGACUGCACCAACUACACCGACUGCACCGGCCGUACUGCCCGUGGUCACAGAAGAUCCACACACAAUUAAUGAAGCGAAAAUGAGGGAGCAGUUGCUGAAAAAGCAGAAGGAGCUUCUUGAACUUCAACAGAAAAAGUUGGAGCUUGAAUUGCUCCAGACAAAGGCAAGAUUAGAAGAACAACAGAAACAGUUAGAACGGCAGACUGGUAAUUUAAAGGCUGACAAUGUUCAGCAUCUCGUAAUGCCAGGAAUGAAAGUUGCUGGCCAGGAUGCUGUCAAGCUACUUGUGACUCAUAAACCAACAGAAUCUCCAUUGGUUGCCACAAAAUCUCAAACAACAGUGCCUGAUCCUGCCCCAGUUGUCAUGAAGACAGCUGUGAAUUAUAGUCAGAGUUCUGUAAUGGUUGCAGUAACUGCUCCUGAAGCAGUUAAUACUACUGCAAGGGGUAGUAAUGGUGCUUUAGGAAGUAGCAGGGCGAAGACUGAGCUGGUAACAACAGCAGCAGCAACUGGAUUGAAGACUUCGUUUGCAACAUCAUCAUUAAGCACGGGCUCUCGUCCAGUUCCAGCACCAGCAGGAACUACUGUCGGUCCUAAUGUGCGAUCAAGAGAUCCACGACUGGCUUCUCGGCAGUUGCAGUCUAGUGUAGUUUCUGCAAAUAAUACAGCUCAGACACAAGAUGAGGAAAUGCAGGAACCUGAUUCUGUUUUUGAACCAGUUAAACUAGAGACUGCCAAACCCAAACCUCAGAUCACAAUCAAUCUUGGUUGUGCCAAUAAAGGUACUGUGAAUAAAGAAACUCGAGGAAUUAGUAAGAAAGACCCUCGUUUGCUGAGUAAUAAGGUACAUGGUUUAAGUAAUAGUAAUGUCAAAGGACGGACAUCAUCUACCACUAGUAGUGGGAUUGGUGGUAAGGGGGGUGGCAAGUUGUUGGGAAGAGUCCCUUCUCCUUCUUUUUCCUUGUCCCGCCCUAGUAUUAGUGGUGGUGGUAAGACUUCUACUUCCCCAUCCUCUUCCUCAUCAUCACAACGCAAAAUACAAAGUAAAGGUGGCCAUAAUGGUAGCACAAAGCCACCACGUAACAAAGACCUUCCGAAGAUAAUAAAGAUUGACCUUACGGAUAGUCCUCCACCCAAAGCAGGAGGUACAAAGGAUGAGAUUGUUAGAAAUGAAGAGAAUACUGAAACUAGUAUCAAAAGUAGUUCCCCUUCCUCUAAGACAGAACAUCAUAAAAAGAAAUCCUCUCCUCUUGGUACAAGCAGAUCUGAGAGGAAGAAAGGGUCAGGUAAAGCUGGCAGUGAAUCUGCAGAUAUGGGUGGGAACUCUAGUAGCAGUAGUAAUAAGCGAGAACGACCAAAGAGUCCUUUGGGAGGGGAGAAAGGAUUCAGUCGCGAUCAUGAUCGCUCAUCCUCCUCUAAGUACGACAUGUUCAUUGAGUCAGAGGGUGAUUCUCCAUCACCGCCACCUCCUCCAAUCAUCAGUACAGAUGGUAAGAAGAAAGAAGAAUCUUCCACAUCUAAGGGCAGCGUGUUCAAAGAUCUGAAGCUACCAAAAGGUCGUAACUAUGUGAGAAGAAACCUGCCUGCUAAAUCUCGCAGCCCAGAAAUUCCUCCUGUGGCAACCACUGGAGAUGUGGACUUGCGCUUGGGUGCUCCUCCAGAGAAGCAUCCACGUCUUAACAUGUUCCAGCCAGAUACAAAUGCAUCCUUGGCUUCCACUGAAGAGGAUAUCAAAAGUAAGCUAACAGAUUUUCAGUCUUCACUACAUGGUUAUUGGGUUUCUCUGUUUUGGUUUGGGUUGUUUCUUUGGGAAUUUUGCACUGUACUAUGGCAACAGUUUAUCUCUGUAUUUCAUUUUUAUAAUUUUAUCACACACUUCUUGAUAUGCGUGAGUAAUCUUUUAUGGAAGUCUGAAGUUUGUCGCAUUGAAUUUAGAGUAAGAUAUUUUGACCAUAUCAGACAACUAUCUAAUGGUAAUUUGUUGAUCUUCACACGCUAUAUAUGGAUUGGUUGUGGUGGUCAAGAACAUUGGCCAUCAAGAUAUCCAGACCUGAACGUUAUGGUUCCAGAACCACUUGUAGAAGCUGGGAAUAAGGAUGUGGAUUUGCGUCAACUGUCUGGAUCAAACUGUAAGAAACGUUCAUCCACGGACAGAUCAGAACAGCCACCAAUGAAGAAAACUAAGGCAGAAGUGUUUGAUGAGUUGUUUGGAAAUGAAGAUGUGGAUCUCCGACAGUUGCCUUCUGCUGUACCAGUUACUCAGACUUUACCUCCAUCACCACCACCACCUCCAGUAAUAUCUCUGCCUUCACCUGUGCCAACAUCAGCAUCAUCUCAAGACAGUUCAGCAAACACAACUUCAUCUCCAAAACAAGUUUCACCUGAAAGAGAACGGAAUGAAGACCAUGUCAAUGAAAGGAAAACUGUUAAUGAAGAUGAUGGAAAAGAAAAUGGUGAAAGUGAAUUGAAAUCUCGAGGUUGGGCUAAAUACAAGGAAAAAAGACCGGACACAUAUAAGUCUCCGUUGCGGCCUCUGGGUCAUUACGGUCAUGAUGCUCUUGAUUUACCAGAAUUACGCAAUUCAUCUCCAGGGUCUGGUUCACCACUGAGAGAAAGGGACAUGCUAUAUGGAACUCCAAGGGACAGAGGAAUGUCACAUUUUCACAGGAGUACUGGAAAGUUUGAUAAACUUGGGCGACCACUUCUUUAUCACAGAUUACCAGAUGACCCAGGAGAGAGGCGUCGGUCUCUUUGCACCAUGGUUGGAGAAGAUACUGAUAUGAGGCCACACAUAAUGGAUGAUGCUAACUUAAAUGAUAUUAAUAAUAUUAAUAUCAAUAAUAUCAAUAUUAAUAUGAUUAUCCAGGAAGCAGAUGAACAACUCAAGAAUGGGACAAUAUCAUUUUCUCAUUAUAACACAGUCUUGAAGCAGGUGAUUCAGUUAAAUGAAGUACAGAAGUUAAGAGAAGCUCAGAGAAUUGGCGUGUGUGAACCUGGUCACUUAUCACCUGUCAGUGCUGAUGAAGACAGUCAAGGUGACAGGAGUGCGGACUUCAGUCCUUGUAGCGAUUCCAGUGAAGUUGGCCACAAGCCAAGUGGUUCAUCUGUAGAUGCUAGGUUCGGAGAUAUUGAUGAGCGAUUCCCAGCAAUUCAUAAGCAUCGGAAUCCUACUACAACUUCAGUGCCAUCUCCUCCAGAACCAUCUAUGCCAGGCAAAUUUCAACCUGGACCAUCUCAGUGGAAUGAUGUACACCCUCGCUUGGGGUCGGGUCGUUGGGAACCGGCACCAAGUCCUUGGAUACGUGGUGCGCUUGGUUCAGUAUCAGUACCUAUAACUCAAGGUCACUUGGGCACGCACAUGCGUAUGCUUCAUCCAGGUCCAAAUCAAGGACAGAGUAGUCCCUUUCAACGAUCCUCAGGGCCAGAAUUUCAACAGAUCAGCAGUUUUGGUGGAAUUAACCGUUGGAGACCUCCGCAGUUCCAGAGUCGUGCACCGUUUGAAGGAGACGUAGACAGGUUUGAGUCACGUUUUAGUGGCCGUUCAGAUAACAGAUUUCGGGGAUCUGCUCCAUCUACGUUGCAACAGCAACAGUCACGUGCAAAUGAUGAACUCCCACCAGCAGACCCCUUGAUUCUUGAUCUCAUAGCACAGGAUACUAUGAGGACUAUUAAUAUAGAUGGUGUACCAAGGGAAAUUCGUUUUUACGGUGACACGGCUGUGGUGAUGCUAGCAUGGGAUGACCCAAGAGAAAUUGGUUUCCAGGGUGGUUCCCGAAGGGUCAUAUUUGAUGACAGAGAGACUGUACUCUGUUCAUUCAAUGACACAUACAGAGAGUGCAUUAUAGAUGGAACUACCCACAGGAUACGACUUGGUGCACCAACUCGUGAACUUUAUGUUGAUGGUAAGUGGUACGAGUGUUUCUUUGGAGGUUCUCCAGUCACAAUUGAUAUCGGCGGCAAGAUGCAUGUUGUGAAGUUGGAGGGUCCACCGCCUCAGGUUAAAAUUGGCUUUGUGAAGAGGACAGAUCUGGUAGCUGGCAAGAUAAAUUUAAUCAUCAAUGCCAAGAAUAUGGUUCCUGUGUUCUUAGAUGCCAAACCACAGAGGUUUGACAUUGAGGGCAAACCCCAUGUACUUCGUUUUGUUGAAGCUUUAUCUACUGUGCUAAUUAAUGGACAGCCUAUCAAAGUUGAAUUUGGUGGACUUCCGAAACCCAUCGUUGUUCGUGGCAAAAAGCAUUUCAUACGUUUCACAGUGUUACCACGUGGCAUCAGGCCUGGAUACAUAAGCAUUGUUAACAUGGAAGGUGGUCGAUUACAGUCGCCUCCUCAAUUGAAGAAUGAAAAUAAUGACUCCAUAGGCUUUGGUGAAGAUUCCAAUGAUACAUCAAGCAAAUUCACUCAGGGACAUGAUCCAGUGCUACCAGCUAUAGGAAGUACUGCUAGUUCAAGUGGGCGAAAUAUUAGAGGCCACAGAAGGCCAUUUGGCGCAGAUAGGGAUCGCGAUUCACCCCAUGAGAAUGAACAUACAAGGAACUCACCAGUGCAAUUCCUUGGGGAUAACGCUGUGAUGGGACCAGCUGUUCCUAUUCAACAACAAAGACAUAGACCACAAGGACAGUUACCAUUGGAAAUGUUGACAAGCUUGAUGCCAACUGUGAUGGCACCAGCUUCAGGGUUCAGCUACCAAGUGGAGCAAGACUCUGAGGAUGGUCAGCCAAGGGUCCAGGAAAUAUCUUCUCAGGUUCCAGAACCUGGUGUUCAAGAAUCGUCGUUACCUAGCACUGGAGCUAGCAGCAUCCCUUUUCUUCCAACUGAGAUAAAUGUGGUUGAGCUUUUCCACAAGCUUGUGGCAACAGGAAUUGUUCCACAGGCUGAAAAAGCAGAUGCAGAGAGUAAGAAAGAGGAAGAAGUGAAGUCCAUAAAACCUGUGGACUUCAAGCAGCCUGAAACAUUGAAAGUACGUCAGCCUGGCGUAGUGGCGCUCCUGUAUUCUGGCAUUCAGUGUAGUUCGUGUGGUGUUCGUUUCCCUCCCGAACAAACUAUGAAGUAUAGCCAGCAUUUGGAUUGGCAUUUCCGUCAGAACAGACGUGACAGAGACAAUGUUCGCAAGGCUCAAAGUAGAAAAUGGUAUUACGAUGUCUCCGAUUGGAUUCAAUUUGAAGAAAUUGAAGACUUGGAGGAAAGAGCUCAGAGCUGGUUUGAAACACAGCAGGCUGCUGAAGGAGACGAGAAGGAGGUUCAAGAAGUUCCUAGUGUUUGUGCAGGAGAGAAUCCUGAAGACACAUUUUGUGCCGUGUGCCAUGACAAAUUUGAACAGUUUUAUAAUGAAGAAAGGGAAGAGUGGCACCUUCGUGCAGCGCUGCGAGUCGAUGGGAAAACCUAUCACCCACUUUGCUAUGAUGACUACAAGGCUUCACUUGAGGCAUCAGUAGAAGAACCAGCUGUCAAUGAAGAAGCAAAAAGUAGUGAAGUAGACAUGAAGGCUGAUGAAAAGAAAACAGAUGAGAAGAAAGAGGAAGAAAAUAAUGCAGUGGCAAUGGAUACAAUUAAGAAAGAAGAACCAAGAGACAGUGAAGAAGUUGCAACUGAAGAAGAAAAAACUGAUGAUGUUAAUAAGGUAGAUGAUAUUGAAAGCAAGUUGGAGGAGGUGAAACUUGAACCUCCAGUGGAUGAAUACCCAAUAAAAGAGGACAUUCAGGAAACUAUGGAUACUGCAGAAAUUGUAGAACCGGAAAGCGAGGUAAAGGCCGAGCCAGAGCAAAUUGAAACUGAGGAUGCAAUUGGGGAGGAUGAUGUACAGCCUAUCGCUCCCACCACUGACACAACACACACUGCCGUAGCAUGUUCCAUUGAUGGUAAUGUUAAAUUUGAGGACUCCCCAAAAAUUUCAUCUGGUCCUAUUUCAGGUAAGAUUAAGAUAAACAUCACAAAAUCCUUUGCUUCCAUAGCAGCAAAGGAACCCCAAAGUGAAGGAGCGGUAGAAACUAUGGUAACAGAUCAAAGUCCUGAUAAUGAUGAUCCAGUAUCUACUGAAGCCAAUAGAGACUCCAGUGAAGAAGCAAUAGGUGAGGAAAAUGUGGAUUCUCAGGAACCUCCUCCCCCUGGUGUUGAACCUGUACAGUUAAAACCUCGAUUAGUGGGAAGAAAACUUACAGACCUACCCCCGGUGAUGAAAGGAACAGAACUCUCUGGAUUAUGUUCUAUAAUGUGAAGUGAGUUCAAAUUACGCUUUAAGCAAUGCAUACAAAUAGUUCUUGGAUUUGUAUCACUGUGUAAAAAUGAUAGUGAAGAUUGUGAUAGUGUGUAAAAUACCUUGGGACUUGAGGUAAAGAAGUAAUAUAAAUGCAUUUUUAUUUCGAUUGCAUAGUAUUAGAUUUCAUUUUUGCAUUUGAAGUGUGUCAUGAUUUUUUAUUGGAACAUUUUAGUUUCUUGUAUAAAGGUUUCAUUUUACCAUGUGUAUUUGUAUAGUUCAUAUGUAUUCAUAUUUUUUGAGAAAAUGUUUGUUAUAUAAAAAGAUAGUAUCCAUUUCCUGUUUCCCAUCCAACAGAGUUACUUUCCAGUAAAAUGUUUCUAGGAAAUGAACACUAUCAUUUUGAAUCUGUUUUGUGAAAAAUAUAAUUUUUGCAAAUUA